AGACUCUAGGCAUACCAUCCAUUAAAUCCUUCUAUUGACAAUGGAAUUGUUUCGAAUCUUGGCAUAAACAGCAUAUAAGUUGAAAACUACCAGUGUAUCUUGCAUUAUUCAGACCCCCGUAUAUUAUAUAUUGACAUAGUUUCAACAUUACGAGCUAACGGUUCGGCAAGACGAACCUAAACUCCAGAAUAGACAAGAACAUAGGAAAAAAGGGCAAAAAGUUAAAGAUACCACGUCUCAACAAGAUAUCAACAGAGCCAUGGCAAGGAUAAGCAGAGGAAUUGCUAUUGAAAAGGCCGCAGUGCGUGCCGAACAGAGGGAUGUAGCGGUUCAACAGAAACAACACGAGUGCCGUAAGAGACCCAGCUUAGGACGGUCCAUGGAGUCCUCAAAGUCCCCCAAUGGGAGUUACGAGCCAAACUUGUUUCUCCCGCAACUUGAGGCAAAUUUGCAUAGAACGUGUAGGCAGGAGGCCGACGCCAAACCUCUGAAGAUAGAGAGGUGCCUUGAUAUGGAUCUUGUCAAGAAAGGGUCGUUCUUUUACAUGAGCAAGAAUUAUGUCGAAGAGGUUGAUGAUUGGUACCAGUUCAUUGAAGAGCACCAGAAGUCAACGUUUUGAUCCUUAUACCUUAAAUAUGUAUGUUUGGGGAGUUAUUAUGCCGUAGGGGUGUUUUUGGCUAGGCGUUAUAGGAGCUAGCAUUAGUUUCAGCAUGAUGGUAAGAAAAAGUUAGGCAUCUACCUCUUAUGUAGGUUAUAAUUGAUCUAAUAGUUGUUUAUCGGCACCUAAUCCGUUGGUUUAAAUUAUGAAUGGUGUAGCUACGUUGAGUUUGUCCUCGUUAAGGGGCUUGUUGAUUCCUGCAUACAGCCAUCAUUCCUUUGAAAUAUCUUGAGUUUACAAAGAACAUGGUAGCUAUAGAAUAAAAGGGGCACAAAUGAUAAAAUAUGCUUACCUACCUAGGUAGUAAAUAGACUGGCGGCUGGCAAGCUUUUAAUGCAAGGUUAUUAUAAUAUAUGAA